GUCGCGUCAGGUAUGGUGUCCGUGACCCGGAUACAUCCAAGGCGGAGGGGAAGAAGGGCGGCAACUCCGCUGGAGGUUCGUACAUGUAUAACAACAUCCAAGAUCGGCUACCAGAGCCUAAUCUUUACAGCAUGAAAUUGGAGCUUGUGGGUGUGGAAAAAGAACUUGAUGAAAUCAGAGAGCAUGUGAAGUGGUCAUCUUGGGAAGGGCCAAAAGUUCUCUGCAUCGUUGGGCAUGCUGGCACCGGAAAGAGCACCAUGGCCAUGGCGUUGUACCAUGAACUCGUGGGUCAAUUUGACAACGGCACCGUGGUGUCCUUGUCCGGUAUGUAUGACCCACAUACAAUCCUUAAGAGCGUACUGAUUCGACUCAAGUCACAAGACGACGGCAAUCAGCAGAAAUUCUUCGGCGACGCAAGAAAGAAGCAGCCAGCAGGACUAGCCCUGACAAGAAGGAUCUUGGUCCCAUUCUGCGGCCCUGAGCUGCAACAACGGGACGAACAAAACAUCGAUAUCAAUGCAACGGACGAAGAACAGCUUUUGCAUGCUAUUGCAGCGUGCUUCCGAUGCAUGAGGUGCAUUCUUGUGCUAGAUGACCUAUGCUCGGCUUGAGCAGCCCGGAAACUCCAGAUUUGUCUGGGUGAGAGCAACGCAAAAGGGGGUCUAGUAGUGGUGACUACACGAUAUAGCAAUAUCGUCGAGGCCUGCAUGCACGACAAUCCCUCUGUUCGCUGUGCUGGUGCUGGUGGCUGGUGCUGGAGUGGUGUGAGAAAAAAAUACUGUUGGCUGGCUGGUGGCUGGAGGCUGGUGCUGAAGCUGUGUGAAAGAAAAAUACUGUUGGCUGGCUGGAGGAACCAAACAGCGAACAGAGUGAACAUGAAUGGUUAUGUUUAUUAUGUUGCCGCUCAAACAGACACCGGGUUCACAUAUGUUGUUUGAACAAAGUUUGCCCAGGUUCGUGGAUAAGGAACUUUUUUCGGAGCGGCCAGGCACUGAUGUUUGGCGUGGACUGGUGGAUAUCUGCCAUGGGGUGCCAGCACUAGUCCGUACUUUGGCUGGUUUCGUGGCAUCCAACCCCAAGAAAACCAUUGCAGACUGGGCUGAAACUCUGAGCUGUUUAACAAGGGAAAUUAUUUCUAGUGCGCCCUUUGAUGAUUAUGGCCGCGCUACGAAGCUUCUGAAUUAUUUCCACAGUGAUAUGCCAGCUUAUCUCAAGACGUGCUCCCUGUACCUUAGCAUGUUUCCAAAGGACUGCAGAAUUAGCAGGAGUCGGUUGAUCCGGCGCUGGAUAGCGGAAGGUUUUGUGGACGAGAAGCAGGGGGUGCGCAUCGAGGACGAGGCGGAAGCCUAUUUCAGCCAGCUCUUGGAAAGGAGGAUCAUAGUGCCUGCGGAGCACAGCUCGGGUGGAGGGGUGAAGGUCUGCCGGGUUGAAAGCAUGGUUAUGGAGUAGUACUUGAUUUCCAAGUCAAGCGAAGAGAACUUCGCCCUUGCACUGAGGGAUGAUGACUGGCUCAUGGCCGCGCCUAGCAGCAAAGUACGCAGGCUCUCCAUCAUCCACAGCAGCCACUCCAAGUCCAAGCAUGGAAAGAAAGCGUUGGAGAAGAUGAACACGUCUCACUUCCGAUCACUGUCAGUGUUUGGGAGCCUGGAUAUUCGGAUCGCAUUCCGCAUCCUGCAGGUGCUGGAUCUCGAGGGCUGCAGAGAUUUCAAGAGGCAUCAUGUGAAGGACAUCUCUCAAAUGCUCCUGCUCAAGUAUCUGAGUCUCCGGGGGACUGAUGCCGAGCAACUUCCAUCAAGUAUCGGGAAGAUGCAGUAUCUGGAGACUCUCGACGUCCGGGAGACGAACGUGACAGAGCUUCCCGGAACAGUUGUGCUGCUCGACAGAAUCCUCCAUAUACUCGGUGGAGAUAAGCGGAGGAGGAGAGCCCACAAGCUUCCUGAUGACAUCAAGCAGAACCCAAUGAGGUCCUUGCGGGUACUGUCUGGCAUUGUGAUCGCGGAGGGAUCAGGCGCGGCGUGGGCACUUGCCGAGAUGAGACUGCUGAGGAAGCUUGCCAUUUACAGGCUCGACGUUAACAAGGAUAGCGCGACCUUCAAGGCCCUGCUAUCCUCCAUGGACUGCCUGCUGGACCGCUCCUCCCUCUCGUCCUUCACAAUGGUUUGCGAGUGCUCUGACUUCCUCAACUCGCUGGAUUCCCUGUCCGCACCGCCCGUAUUGCUCAAGUGUCUCAACUUGCAAGGCGUAUUACUUGGCCUUCCCAUGUGGAUACACAGACUGAGUGUCACCGAGCUAACCCUUCCGAUUACAGUUCUGCAGACAGAUACUUUCGAGCGCCUCUCCAGAUUACAUGAGCUGUUUUCCCUCACCUUCUCACAUUCUGGGGGAAGCCAGGAUUCAGAGGUCGAUGGCAUCAUUGAGAGCAACAAGUAUGUAACUGGAGGGAAGAUCGUCAUUCCGAUUACAAAGCAUGACUGGUAUAAAACCAAUCUCAAGCUGCUUCGAUUCUCCGCUCCUCGCUUGCCACCGCUGCACUUCUCAGAAGGGGCGAUGGCACACAUCGAAAGGCUUGACCUGCAAUUCAGAAUACUGGAAGGCAUUGAAGGAGUCGAGAACCUGCAAGGCCUCCAGCAGAUGCACCUCAUGGUGGACGUCCAAGCAAGCGAACAAACAAAAUCGUUGGUAAAUGACAUAGCAUUCAAGACAAGGGAGCACGGACGAUCCAGGGUGUUCGUGCAGAAAUGCCACUUUUGAUCGACAUCUGUUGCCGCUGCCUGCAGACCUGUUCCUGUCGAUUGGUUUGCCUUAUCUAACAUACUCCUAUAUAGUUUCCUACCGCAUUGGCGCAUUCAUUCACCAGCAAUGUAUUGUACUUAAAUAGGGAUGAUGAUAUGUGUGAGACUGUAUGCUACAGAAUUGUUGCUCUUGCUUUUUGUUUUUCCUUCUUUCGGUUGAACUGCAACUUGAAAAAGAAAACCCAUGCAUGAAUCCUGGUGUAUGGCUUCAACUACAA